CUAUUGUGUGCAUAAACAGAUCGAUCCUUUGAUCAUCACAACCAUUAAAUCGGUAGGUCGGCUCUGCGUAUUAUAUUUAGACGUAUACUCGCAACUUUAGAUUUCCUUGUAUGCAAGUCUAGUAUACAGUCUAAUCCAGUUGGGUACUGGCUAAUAAUUUGUCUCGAUUUGUUGUUUCUUCCUCUUAUAGUUAAGAGCAACAUCUAUCCCGACGUUCUUGGUUUGGGAGCUUAUAAAAGACAGCCUCGGCUAAAUAUAACAACACCUCAUUGACGGCAAGAUAUUGGAUGAGACUCCAUUUAGAUGCUUCAAUUCUUCUAUCACAACCAAAAGCUCGUUCCUUGAUGCUCUCAGUCAUAUCAGUACAUUCCGCCGCUUAUUAGAGCCGAGUCUUACUAGACCUCCCAUCCUCUUAACCAACCCUCCCAAGAGGCCAACAGCUACCUAAGUCAACUAGACAUUAUACCCAUACAUUAUACCUAGACACUCAUACACUCAUACACUCAUACACUCACUCACCACCACCCACCAUGGCAACACCCUUCCCCUUCCACAUAACCGAACACACCAUCCCCUCCCAACACAUCCGCGAAUUCCCCCGCGCAACAUGCACCUCCCAAGAAGACAUCCUCUACAUCAGCAUCAAGCAAUACACCCCCAUCGACAACCCCACCCCCCAACCCGGCGACGUAACCAUCCUCGGCGCCCACGCCAACGGCUUCCCCAAGGAGCUCUACGAGCCCCUAUGGGCCGACCUCCACGCCCGCUCUAAACGGCACGGCUUCCGCCUCCGCGGCAUCUGGAUCGCCGACGUCUCCAACCAAGGCUACAGCGGCCAGACCAACGAGCGCGCCCUCGGCAACGACCCCUCCUGGCACGACCACGCCCGCGACCUCCUGCACCUAACCAACGUCUUCCGCGCCUCCAUGCCCCGCCCCAUCGUCGGCGUGGGCCACUCCUUCGGCGGCGCCGUCCUGACCAAGCUCUCCCUGCUGCACCCGCGGCUCCUAACGACCAUAGUCCUCCUCGACCCCACCGUAGUCGAGUUCACCUUCCGGCGCUCCGGCCCCGGCAAAUCCCCCGCCCGCGCGUCUACCUUCCGCCGCGAGACCUGGCCCUCCCGCGCCGCCGCCGCCGAGUCCUUCCGCCGCAGCCCCUUCUACCGCGCCUGGGACCCCCGCGUCCUCGACGCCUGGGUCGCGCACGCCCUGCGCGAGACGCCCACCGCGUUAUUCCCCGACCCGGAGAAGAAAGACGGCGGCGCGACGCUGCGCACGACCAAGCACCAGGAGGUGUUUACCUUUUUCCGGCCUCUGUGGCCCUACGUCGACCCCGUAACCCGGGAAGUCGACCGCGACGGAGCCCCGGAUUUCGACCCGGAUGUGCAGCAUCAACUUCGGGAUCCAACCAGCGUGUUCCCCUUCUACCGGUCCGAGGGAGGUAGUAUCCUCAAGCAUCUCCCUGAGGUGCGGCCGUCCGUGCUCUGGGUCUUCGGUGGAGACAGCGAGCUAGGCGCUCCGGAAGGCCGCAAGUUGAAGACGGAAACCUGUGGGAUUGGAAGUGGGGGCAGCGGUGGUCUUAAGCUAGGACGGGUGGACCAGGUUGUCUUGGAGGGCCGCGGCCACUUAUUUCCGAUGGAAAUUCCGGAUGAAUGCGCAAAACAUGCAGCAGCGUGGAUAGGAAAAGAGAUGGUGCGCUGGCGAGAGAAGGAGCGCGAGUACGAGGAGUGGGUUAAGUUGCCAAUGAAGGAGAAGACGACAAUGAGUGAGAAGUUCAUAGAUAAUGUUGGUCGUCCACCACCGAGGAAGAGCGGAUCUCUAGCUGGUUCGGAGUCAAAGUUAUAGAAAUAAAGUCAUCGUGUUUAAUGUAGACUAGAUUAUUUUCCAACACUUUGGCCGGGUAGGAUUUAAGAAGAAAAAAAGUAUAUACCUUAAACGAGCAUUGUAUUAGCUAUAGAUAUCGAGGAUUUCAUUAUUAGGACUUAUCACACAAGACCAUAAUGGUAGCAAAGUAG